CUUAAAAUUACAUGUAGAACUAUUGUUUUUUUCUUCAUCAGGUGUUUUGCCCUCAAUGUUUAUGUGGAAACAGAAAGACAGUACUCCAACAAGACCACCUCCAAAACCUAGAAGCACUAAAAUUAAAGCAGUGAGACAUCCAACAUCAGUGGACACUACCUCUAAUAACACAGUUUUGUCUGAAUCCGAAGUACAUGUAGAAGUACAUGAAAACUGCAAUGAGCUCUCUUUCCUUGAAGAAGAAGGAGAAGAAAAAGAAACCGAAUCAGAUGACACACAAUCUCAAACAAGAGGAGCCGACGAAAUGGAGACAGAAAUGAAACUAUCAAAUGUGCAAAAGAAAGAUGUUGYUGUGCAAACUGAGGAUGAAGAUUUUACUUAUUUUGACCUACACAMUGAUCAUACAUAUGCUUUCAUCUUUGGUAGUGGUAGUCUCGCUGAACAAAUAGCUACUAUGAAGGAAAGGCUUGAAGUAAAAGCCGAUAUGCUGGCCAGUUUAAAUAGGAAAGUUGGCAUUUUAGAAAAGGAGCUGGCARAAUUCAAAAGCAGAGAGUUUACACUUGAAAAAUUUAAGGAAKAUGAUCAAGCUGUACAGUUUUACACAGGCAUGCCCAACUUCAAAGCUUUUAUGGCAUUUCACAAGUACCUACAACCAAAACUGGCCAAACUUCAGUAUUGGGGGAACCAAAAUGUGUCUGACUCAAGGCCUUACCAAGAGGAUGACAAAAAAACCUGGGCCUAAGCGAAAGCUAAGUACUGUGACAGAAUUAUUUAUGGUUUCAGUACGGUUGAGGGUAGGACUUCUUGUAAGGGAUAUUGGUGAUAGG